CAGCUGAUGAAAAUUGAAAUGAGAAAACAACCAUUGCAAAUUUGCAAUAUUGCAUGGUGCCGUGACUGCCGUCACCUAGGGCUUUCACAGCACUAACACUCCCAAGUCCCAAGUCCCAAUUCCCAAAUCGAAGCUGCUCUCUGCCUCUCCGGCCUCUGCCAGUCCGCCGCGCUCUACGUCUCCUGUCGGCUGUGUCCUGCCGUGCUGGUUCAUCGCUGCCGAGUGUCGAAGACGAAGCACCAAGAUCUCACUAGUUCAUCGUUGGUUCAUCACUGCUUAUCUCUGGCUCACUUAGGCAAACAUGUUAAGGUUGUAUCUGACUUGCAUAAGGAACACUCUUGAAGCUGCCAUGUGUCUACAAAACUUCCCUUGUCAAGAAGUUGAAAGACAUAACAAACCUGAAGUUGAACUGAAGACUAGCCCAGAACUUCUGCUUAAUUCUGUUGUAAUAUGUAGAAAUGAGGCUGAAAAGUGCUUGAUAGAAACAUCAAUUAAUUCUCUACGUAUAAGCCUUAAGGUGAAGCAAGCAGAUGAACUUGAAAACAUUUUGACAAAGAAAUUCCUUAGAUUUUUGUCAAUGAGAGCAGAGGCAUUUCAGGUACUAAGGAGGAAGCCUGUGCAGGGCUACGACAUAAGUUUCCUCAUCACAAAUUAUCACUGUGAGGAGAUGCAAAAACAGAGACUCAUAGAUUUUAUUGUUCAGUUCAUGGAGGAUAUUGAUAAAGAGAUAAGUGAACUGAAAUUGUCUGUGAACACACGAGGAAGGCUUGUGGCUACAGAAUUUCUGAAGCAAUUUAUCUGAAGUUUUCAAUAUAUAUAUUAUUUUGUUGUGGUGUAGUAGAGACUGCUACAAUUCUAAAUGUAGAUAUGGCAAAAUGACAUGCAAGUCAUUGGGAUGGACAGGGAUUUGUCAAUUGCACUUUGUGAACAUAGUCAAGAGAUUUGCUAAGUUAGAUUCAUCAUAGAUACAGUAUACUUAUAAGCUCAAGUUUGUAGACUUUUGUUUUACUACUCCCCAAUUCUAUGGACAAUUAUACAAGAUUAAUAUUGGUAAAGUGAAUCUGAUAUACUUGGGUUAAAUUUGUAAA